AGAACUCCUAUCAUCGGUUUUUCCCAACGUCACAUAUAAAUGUCCCGGUGACUCCUGCUCGGGAGGUUUGUGUAGCGGCUUCGCAGGUCUCUCUCCUUCAUACGUCACUAAACAAAGGAGCCUAGAACAUGUGUCGGUCCGUCCUCGCCGUCCUGCUCGGCCUCAGUCUCGGGCUGGUGGACGCGUUUCCCUCCCAGCAGCCUGACGGAGGGAAGAACUGGGUGGUUAUCGUGGCUGGAUCCAACGGCUGGUUCAACUACAGACACCAGGCCGAUGCUUGCCAUGCUUACCAGAUUGUCCACAGGAAUGGGAUCCCGGACGAGCAGAUAGUGGUUAUGAUGUACGAUGACUUGGCUCAGAGUCAGGAUAACCCCACCCCCGGGAUACUGAUCAACAGGCCCAACGGCACAGAUGUGUACAAGGGAGUUCCUAAAGAUUACACUGGGGAGGACGUGACCCCAGAAAACUUCCUGGCUGUGCUGAAAGGCGACUCCUCAAAAACCAAAGGUGGCUCAGGAAAAGUGUUGAAGAGCGGUCCCAAUGAUCAUGUGUUCGUGUAUUUCACUGACCACGGGGCUCCUGGUAUUCUGGCUUUUCCUGAUGAUGAUCUCCAUGUUGAAGAUCUCCAAGAAACCAUUAAAUAUAUGCACGAGAACAGGAAGUACAAAAAGAUGGUGUUCUACAUUGAGGCGUGUGAGUCUGGGUCAAUGAUGAACCAUCUGCCUGCUGACAUUGACGUGUACGCCACCACAGCAGCCAACUCUCAUGAGUCCUCCUACGCCUGUUACUAUGACGAGAAGAGGGACACGUACCUGGGCGACUGGUACAGCGUCAACUGGAUGGAAGACUCUGACGUGGAGGACUUAACCAAAGAAACUUUGCUGAAGCAGUUCAAGAUCGUGAAGACUCACACAAACACCAGCCACGUGCAGCAGUACGGCAACAAGACAAUGGCCCACAUGAAGGUGAUAAUGUUUCAGGGUAACAACAAAGCAAACAGCCCCCCCGCCCCUCCACUGACACUGCAGCCAGUGACCAAUCUGGAUCUGACCCCAAGCCCUGACGUUCCUCUGGCCAUCCUCAAGAGGAAGCUGAUGGCCUCCAACGACAUCAGCAUUGCGAGGGGCCUGCUGAUGGAGAUGAACGCCCACCUCAAGGUCAGGGAGAUGCUGGCUGAGAUGAUGCACCGAGUGGUGGAGAGGGUGACGGGUGACAAGAUGAAGGCGGAGGAGGUUCUGAACGACAGAGCCGACCUGUCCCAGCAUCAGUGCUACAAGGCUGCGGUCCAGCACUACAAACACGAGUGCUUCAACUGGCACAAAGCUGAGUAUGAAUACGCUCUGAGACAUCUGUACGCUCUGGUCAACCUGUGUGAGAGAGGAUACUCUGCAGACAGCAUCCUGCUGGCCAUGGACUCUGUGUGUCAUUACAGCAAGUGAAAGGAUUUAUGCAAACCCAGAAAACCCAGAUCAGACUGCCUCUUCCACGUGGGAAGGCCGGAGAGGAUGAUGCUUCUCUUUGCGCUGUCUUCAAAUCAAUCUGACAUUAUUGUUUUAUCAACGCGCCAUAACACUUACAACCUGUGAUGGUUUUUGAUUUUUACUCUGAAUUUUUAAACUUGUUUUAUGAUGAAUUGCACUAUCACUGUAGAGGGUUUGUGGAUGAUGUUUACUCCCUCUGAUUUUCUGUUUUUUAUUUACAUUUUUUGUUUUAAACACAUAGGAUAGACAAUUAAGACAUGGAAUUAGUGUAAAUUUGUUCUGCUCAAAGCUUUAUUUGUGGUAUAAGAUGCCUGGCAUGAAUGUUCGAUUGACAUUUAAAGGACAUACCACUAAAUAUUGAAUGUUUGUUGAACCUCAAGAGACUGUGUUAUAACACAGGGAUCUUGAAAUAAAAUCUAACACACCAAAACUGCUAAAAAAAAAUGACUCGUACUUGUGGAUAUUCAGGGCAGGUUUUUAUUCUUCCUUAACAUCAAAAUGACACAUUUCUUAAGUGAUUUAACACAUGAUGGUAUUCUUAACUCAUUAACAGUGGCCGGUUUUCAGAGGGGGAUUUGUAUUGUGUCCAAAUAGGUCUAUAUUCCUAUGAUCAAAAAUCCUUUUAAGUGUGCAGUCCUCUGACAGACAGGUACACCCACAUGCAUCCUCUUUCACCUGAACCUGUGUCAGCUUUAUGGGGAUUUUGAUCUCUCUGUGAGCUCAUUCAUAUGUUUAACAGGAUGACAGUUGGCCCAACUGGAAAUGGACUUGGGUUUGAGACUUUACCCCAUUAAAAAAUAUCUUCUUCAGAAGGAGCACUGGGCACUGUUUCAAAUCACAAACACAUUUUAUCAAAGUUAAAAUGUUUUAGAAUUUUCCCCAAUGUCAAAAUGAGUGAUGGAAAUACAAAAAAUGAUUUGACUACUGUUAAGACGUAUAAUCACUUGUAUGAAUACCAUUAAAUAUUAUUAAUAUUGAAAGGGUUUCAUUUAACUUUUGUAUUUGAUUGCCAAUUAGUGCUAAGCACAAAGUAUAGCAGCUGCUAUCAAUUCAUUAGUUUUGCAGUUAUGUGGUUCUAAAGUAUUGAACCUACUGAAGAAUUGACCUGAGGAUGGUGCUAAAGGAAUGACUGUUCAAAGGAAUGUUUUGUGAUUUACUGAUAUCUUCUUCUGUGUUGGGUUUGGGUUAGCAGGUCAAAAUAGUCGGUGGUGAUGACAUUCCCAUCAGCCUCAGCUGUACUUAAUGUUUAGUUUGUGCCCCUUGCCACAGUUUUGGCUGACUGGAUAUGGGUGGAGGUUUUUGACAGUUAUGUCAAGGAAGAAAUACUAAAUUCAACAAUAUGAAAUAGUGAAAUUAUGACAUCUAGUGGCAAAAAGUUACCUUACAUGUUAAAAAAACCAAAUAAAUAUACAAUAUAUCUACAUGUACCUACAUACACCCAUAUGUACAUACCUAAAUAUGUACAUAUAUACAUACAUACCUACAACACAUACAUGCUUGUGUACAUACAUACAAAUCUAUAUAUCACCAAGUAAAGUCAUGAAAAAAAGUGUGAUAGAACAUGUUGACUUUGUGUCUCAGUGUCUUUUGCAGCAGCAGCUUUGAUUGGGUUUAUAUAAAGACUGGAGGUUUUUGUAACCACACUGAUGUUUGUGAUGUCUGCGGGAAAAAAAAAAAUCACGUUUUCUUCAAGUUGUGUAUAUUUUUCCAUGUUUCUAAUAAAAAAACUGUGUAAAUUCA